UUCUUCACUCUGUUGAUCUAUCAACUUCUCAUUUCGAAAGCGUCGCACAGGCAGCACUCUGAUGACAAACGACAUAUUGCGACAACCAAUCCAUUUGGUUUAUCCAAAUGCCGAUACGUAUCGGGAAUUUGGAUUUCGGGAAUAAAGCAGAGAGGAAAAUGGUCCUGAAGUGUUUGUGCGUGGGGGGGNGGGGGACGAAGGGAUGGGGUUUUAGCGGCCGCGUUUCUAUUUAUUUGCAUACUUCGUUCUGAAUGAAUGGUCGGAAUGAUUGGUCCCUCUUGUGGACUGAAUAUUCCAAUUUUCGAAUGAUUUGGCCUACUCUUUCGCAGGAUAUGAGCCCACCGGAAAGAUGAUAACCAAAGCGAAAAAAGACGAAACCCAAGAGGAAGAACAGAAUAACAGACACCCGUUACCCCUCCUUUAUGCUAUUGAUUGGGUUCUCAUUUUAAAAGAUGAAGACCUUUGGAGACAUCCACUGCUCGGCACUUUCGUUGAUACUGAUAUCAGAGAUUUGGAGAAUGAUGGAGUGAUAUCAUGGAACUAAAAACUUGAGAGCCCAUUUCUUCAUUCUUGUCUGCUCGCGGCCAACCUCUUUGCCGUCGUUUUGUCGUCUCCGGUGCAACUCCCGUGAGACCUAUUGCCUAUUGGACUCUGUUUCCGAUCCGAUCCUUGUACGGAUACCAUGAGCCCUCUUUAGGUUUGAGCUUCUGUUGAUUUGUGGCUUUUGCUCUAGCUAGCUCAGGUAAAUUUCCGAAAUGAGUGGGAAUGGUGGAUUUAGCAGCUUGGAGAAGGAGUGCAUUGGGAGGCAUCACAGGCACGAGCCUGCUGAGAAUCAGUGCACCUCCUUGCUAAUCAAGCACAUUAAAGCUCCCCUUCCUCUUGUUUGGUCUUUGGUGAGAAGAUUUGAUCAACCCCAAAAGUACAAGCCAUUUAUAAGCUGGUGUGUAGUACAGGGGAAUCUUGAGAUUGGAAGUAUUAGAGAAGUUGAUGUCAAAUCUGGGCUCCCAGCCACCACAAGCACAGAAAGGUUGGAACUUCUUGAUGAUGACAAACAUAUCCUUAGCUUCAGGAUAGUUGGUGGUGAUCACAGGCUUAGGAACUACUCUUCAAUUAUUUCCCUCCAUUCAGAGAUCAUAGAAGGAAGGCCAGGUACUCUUGUCGUUGAGUCAUUUGUGGUUGACACUCCUGAAGGAAACACAAAGGAUGAGACUUGCUUCGUUGUAGAGACCUUGAUCAAGUGCAAUCUCAAAUCUCUUGCUGAUGUUUCAGAAGGGCUUGCUAUUCAGGAUUGGACUGAGCCUAUAGUUUGAGAGAAAUCUUUAAAGAUUGUUAUGGAUGGAAAGUGGUGGGGGCAAGAUUUGCUUGUGAUGUUAGGCACAAAGGCAUAUGAAUCUUCAUUGUUAUGGAGCCAGAUUGGCAGUUGUACAACUCUCUCAAUACACAUUUCCCACUUCCUCUCUUUGCUGGUCAGCUGUCUUUAAAUUAUAUGGUGCUCUCUUUCGUGGUUGAAGCACCCUAUGUCUUUACAAAGGAACUCAACACCCUAUGUCUUUACAAAGGAACUCAACACCCUAUGUCUUUACAAAGGAAUUCAACACCCAUUCAUGAGUAAGAAGUAUAGAAGUAUUCUUCUUCGAUUUCCAGGUUUUUGGCUAGGUAGUGUAGGAUUUAUGGUAGUACACACACAAUGGGACAAUGAGUUUACUGGUUAAUUAUUUUGGUCACCAGUUUCAGAUAGUGAAACUGGGACGAAACAUAUCUGGAUUCGAGUAUUGUCGGUCUCUUGGUGGAUAUUUUACUCUUCACGUAAUGUUGGCUGGAGUGUAGCUGAUCUGCAAACCAGGGCCAUAUAACCUUAAAAAAUGUUUUGACAUUUCUUUGAUUUGGCAAUAGUUUCUUGGGAAAGGGUUUAGAGGUUUAGGCAUGUUUAGCUUGUGUUUAUUUAUAUGGCCCAUGUGUUUGGACUUCUGAUGGUUUGAUUUUAUGUAUAACCUAAGAGGUUCAUAUGAGAGGCUUGGGUUUAUGCAGUUCUUAUGAUUAAUUAACUUGCGUUCGGAAA